AUGCUUCGGAAGGCAGCCAUGGCUAGUCCCGAGACAAUUGUGCUCUCCGAUGUAGGAGCCGGACGAGAUUCCCAGGAGGACCGCUGUACAAUCAUCUCACCGGACCAGUUCCCAGCUCAAACGGAUGAAAAGUUGGCGUUCUUUGCAGUCUACGAUGGCCACGGUUCCGAAUGGGUUGCAGAGCACGCGAGUCAAAACCUGCAUGGACUCGUUGUCAAGCGAUCGGAGUUUGAGCAGGGGGACUACGCCAGAGCAAUCAAGGGAGCCCUGUCCGACGAGGACAAUAUGCUGUACAAGAGUUUCAAGUUCGAAGCUGAGGAGCCCGCUUUCGCUGGAUCAACCGCGGCGAUCUGUCUUAUCAACCUCACCCAUGGAGAGCUAAUUGUCGCGAAUCUGGGCGACUCGCAUGUUAUUCUGGCCGAACGAGAUCCCGCAACGGAUCGUCCAUUCCACAUCCGACGUCUCACGGAGGCCCAUAAGCCAGAACUACCGGGCGAGCGCCAACGCAUUGAAGAGGCGGGAGGGAGUGUCACCAUACGCAAUGGGACGGCCCGCCGUGAGCGACGACAAUUUCAUGCCCGCGACCGGCGUGCUUCAUCCUUCUCCACAGCGGUUCGGGGAGAUUUCCUAUCCAAUGAGCCCUUUACAUCCAGGCGGACUCUGCAUUCCGAACGCCAGUACGUCUUGGUGAUCGUCUCUGAUGGAGUCAGUGACCGGACAGACGACGCGAUCUUGAUGCAACAUGUGAUGAAGCUCGCAAUGCGAGGGAUAGGAGCGGACCAGAUUGCUCAAGAGGUCGCUUAUAAAAGUAGCCGGCAUCCCCAUAGUGACAACGCCUCAUGCAUUGUUGCGCUGCUAGAAGGACAGUCGUGA